AUGGAGGAGCGGGAGCGGGGGGCGAGGUCGGCUCGCGCCGGGAGCCCCGCGCGCCCCCCCAGCCCGCGGCUGGAUGUCAGCUCCGACAGCUUCGACCCGCUGCUGGCCCUGUACGCGCCCCGCCUGCCGCCCAUCCCCUACCCCAACGCGCCCUGCUUCAACAACCUGGCCGAGUACGAGAGCUUCCUCAGGACCGGGGUCCGGGGCGGCGGGCGCGGGAGGGCGCGGGGCGCGGCCGCGGGCUCGGGGGUCGCCGCCGCCGCCGCCGCCGCCGGGGCCUCGGCCAGAGCCCGCCGCCGCCCGGACGCCCCGGCCCCGGACCCCGAGCGCAUCCAGCGCCUCCGUCGCCUCAUGGUGACCAAGGAGGAAGGGGACGGGGCCGCCGGGGCGCGCCGGCGGGGUCCGGGUCGGAGCAGGAAGGCGCCGCGCAACGUGCUCACGCGAAUGCCCCUACAUGAAGGCAGCCCUCUGGGUGAACUCCAUCGUUGUAUCCGAGAGGGAGUGAAGGUGAAUGUUCACAUCCGCACUUUCAAGGGUCUUCGGGGCGUCUGUACAGGCUUCCUCGUCGCAUUUGACAAGUUCUGGAAUAUGGCACUUACUGAUGUGGAUGAGACCUACCGAAAACCUGUUCUAGGCAAAGCGUAUGAGCGGGAUUCUUCAUUGACUCUCACUAGGCUGUUCGAUCGCCUAAAACUUCAAGAUUCUUCCAAAAAGGAAGCAGAUUCUAAGUCUGCAGUUGAAGACUCCACUCUGUCCAGAUAUUCCCAGACAUCUACUUGGAAGGUGGCUUCAGUGUGGGGAAGAGGAGAUACUGACCGGGGCUCACGCAGGCGUUCCCGCUCUGUCCCUUCUUCCCUGCAGGCAUCUGCAAGGGAGGAGUCCAGGUCAGAGAUGUCAGGGAGGACUACACGGACAGAAGGGUCAAGUGCAGGAGGUACCUUUUCCAGGGCUACCACCCUUUCCAGGGGCCAGCCCCGUAAAAAAAAGCGAAAGCCCAAAGUGGAUUACCAGCAGGUAUUCACUCGACACAUAAAUCAGAUAUUCAUUCGAGGUGAGAAUGUCCUGCUGGUUCAUCUUGCACAGUGACCAACUUGGCCUCACUGGAGCUUUGGUUUCUAUAAAUAAAAUGCAUGAAUUGCUGCUAUGCUGUAUCCUAGUAUCCCAGUGAAACUGAGUUGAAAUGAUUCCCUCUGGUCCUGCAUGUGCAGAGCAUAGAGCCAGGCUUGGGCCCUCUGGAAGAUGAGCUUCCUCAAGGGGACACAGGCCUCAGGAGGGUGGGUAUUUUUGCUAAUAUCAAGUCAAAAGCUGUACAGAGGAAACAUGGAUCUUAUUUGGUGUCAUGGUCAACUUUAGAGAUACUCAAACCAAAUAUCAAAUCUUCAUUUGAAUUAGGGGGGGCCAUGGUAUGAAUUAAAUUCACCCCACAGACACUAUAAGGAUGAGAGGAAAAAACACCUCAAAAAAAAAAAUUUCAUUUCUAAAAGCUAGUGCCCUGAGUACUCAUGAAUUUGAUUCUGAGAGUAGCAAUAUAAAUUUCCCUGUAGUCCUGUGCCCACAACUUGUAACUGACCUUUGAAUUUUGCUCUAUAUCAUUCUCUCUUGAUCUAAAAAUGUAAUUUAUUAUCUUUGACUAUCUGUAAAACUAAGAAAGCCACCAACUUAUGUAAGGGUAGAAUUUGAAUAACUGCUAUGCUCAAAGCAGCCAGCAAUGAACAUUUUGUUUUUAUCCCUCUCCUUAUUAUUUAAAGGGAUAACAGAACUUCAUCAGUCUUCCCCACUUACCAGAGGUAGCUUCUGAGAAUGGCAUGCCAGGUGGGACUAGAAGAUACUCAUGAGGUGGCUUCUUGUCCUUUUCUUUCACUUCUGUGGCAUGGUGCUAGUGCAUGUACCCAGUGUAUUGCCCUUCUGUAUGUAGUGUGAACUGUCCCGUGAGCUUUAUGGCAGGUGACUGUGACCUUCUUAUCUGGUUUCAAAGAGUUCUCCAUGAACUCAGUAAUAUGUUUGCAUCACAUGGUUGAGAGUUCCCUUUCCAGGCAGGGCUGGCCUGUGUAGACCAACUUUCAGAAUGAUUUUUCCAUGAAACAGGAAUGGUAGUUUUAUUCCCUCAUGUCACGCCAGAGAGGCUCUUACAAAGUAUAGUGGGUGGCAUCUAUAAGGAACACUUUACUCACAGCCUGGCUUGAGUAAUGGGAACACUGUAGCACCCUCUAAUACUUCUACUUGAAUCAUAUAUACUUUUUCAAUCACCAGUACAGAAUAGGCUACAUCUUGACACAGACUGUUAGGCAAUAUUUAUUUUUUUUUGUUUUAUUAGUUUAUAUUUGGUUUGAUUUUUAGAUAACUUAUGUUCAAAGGAGAAUAAGAAAUAGCUAACUAGUUAAAAUGUUUGAAAAAAAAAAUUCCCCUGCUGUAUUUUUUGUGUAACUUAGGUAAGCCUUCUGAGAAUCAGGAUGAAUAGCAUUUAAGGGAGUUAGGACACCUGGUCCUUUUGCUAGCUGGGUCCUGGCUCAUCAUGCAAUCAAAGGAGAGCAGACUUAACCCCUCUGUGCCUCAGUUUUUCCAAUCAGACACCUACCUCACCAGGGCACCGAGUCAGAAAUUUAGGAAGACAUUUUAAAGUCUCUAAACAUAUUUAAGUGCCACGAAUAGCUUUUACUAACUGUAUUUCAUAGCUUGGGAAGAGUUCUAUGUCUUAUGAACAAGGUAGGUGCUACCUAUGAAGGUCAUCUCCAUAGGUGUCAUAAUUAUGAACUUGUCCUCAGAAGGCAGUGAUAUCUUCAGGAACUAUUUUCAAUAAUCCAUUCCUUUCUCCUAAAGGACAAUGGAAGUUCUCAGAAGAAUAUCCUCAAUAAAAGAAGAGUAAUAUUUCUUUGCUGCUUCCCCCACAUCCCAGCCCCAACCUUUUUCUGAUCAUCAUCAGAAAGAAUUCCCCUGAACUUUUCAAUGGGUUUAUAUGGUAGUACCAAAGGGAGAACGCACAUCUAAAAAUGACACAUCCCCAAAGGGGAAUUAUGGGAAAUGUUUUGUUCUGUUUACUUGUUUUUAUUUUAAAAUGCAUUUUAAAUAUUACUCUUUAGAGCCAUCUCACAUACAAUAAACAUUUAGAGAGGUUCCAUGUUACAAAGUAUGCAAAUUAUCUUUGGAAUCUGCUACUCUAAAUUCUCUUCUAAGUAGUAUGUCUAAAAUCUCAGUUCCAAUUAAUAGUUACCAUCUUUAAUCAUCAGGCACCCCUGCCUCUAUCUCUUUACUGUCUUUCCUGUUAGAUGUCUUCAUCUGUCUGCGCUUCUGUCCCUCAGCUAGAAGCUGCAAUAGAUACCAGGUUUUCCCAAUAAAGCAAAAGUUUGGUAUCAAAAGGAAUCUAUCUGUUUCCAUUCAUUUUAGUGCCUGACUAAAUGUAAUGUGAUUUAUUUUAAACACAUGCUGCAUUUUCAUGUUUAUAUAUAAUUUUUAUAUGUCCAUAUAAUGAUUGGCUUACUACUUUUCUGUCCAAUUUAAUAACUCUGGCUCUGAAAAGUAUUUUAAAUCCAUGUGAUCAGUUUAUAAUAUGCCCAUGUACCCCCAUUUAUGGUUUGUUCUGGACAGUGAUUCUAGGAUAAAUACUAUUUAGUAAAUAUGCUGUUUUGUACAAAGUAUGACAAUUGUUUUUUAGGGAAGUCAAUUUUUUAAAUUAUUGCCUUUUCUUUAUUAUUAUAGAAAUUUUUCAAAAGGGAGAAAAAAUUGGUCCUAAUAACCUAUGUGCUGCUCCGAAUAUGUCAUUACCUAGGACAUUAUAAUAAGUUGCUAUGAAAAUAACUGAAGUCUUCCUCAGGGGAAGGAAAGAGAAAGGGAAAGUAACAGCUACAACGGUAGAGUUCUGGAGGCCCCCUGAGGGGAGUCUUACACAACUGAAAUGGAACAAAACUUACUUCUAGUAUUCUAGUAUUUCUAGGAUUUGGGCUCAGGACAGUUUGGUAGGCAUAGUACAUAUUUUUGAACAUCCAAUUUGGGUUCUUCAAAGUAAUCACUAGACAUGGGAAUCUGUUUCUGAAGCAGUUCAUGGGACAUACACAACAAGUACCUGUGCACUUGUUGAGGUCUCAGGAGCAGCCAGCUUUGGGUUAGAUGAUAACAAGGCAUUGAGCAACAGAGAUGUAUUUUCACACCCAUGAUUUCAUGUGCCAUUCUUGGUACACAGAGGUGAUUCUGUGGCUGCUACCACCAGAAGAACUUCCACUUUAGGUUAUUCUGGGACUUAGGAAGCGGUUUAUGCUUCCUUUCAGAGACCAUCUUAUGAUGGUGGGCCAUUUGUGAGAUGGUUAGCCAGCAUUACUAGUGUCUAAGGCAGGUGGCUUUAGACCAGUCAGUUCCUUGCUCUCUGUUCACGGUGCUUAUCAAAUCAGAAAGCCUAGAAGCCAUUCACAUUAAAGUCUAGGUGCAUGAGAAUCCUUGCUCUGAGUUGUUAGUGGGUCAGGAGGGGCGUCAUCUAUCCUCGUGGUAAUAUAGGCUGGGAGUACCUUUAGAAAUUGUCAAGGCAUGAACUAUGAGCUGUCUUUAAUCCUCAGAAGCUGUACAGAAAUCUAGGUGUACCACUUACCCCUUGAGAGAAAAAUAGUACCCUAACUUGAUGCUAAGGGGUUUUGUAUUUCUAUUUGCAUUAUCCCUGUAGCUGCUGACAUGGGCAAAAUCAUGAAAUAGAAUCGAUUUUGUAAAUUUUCUCUAAUCUUUGCCUUUAGGAAAAAUUAAAAUUAUUCAGACAGCUAGCUGUCACUGGUGCUGCCCCAAAGCUUUCCCAUCUAAUAUCUAUUUUUUAUGAAUGAAAUGGUUACUAUGGGAAGGCCAAGGUUCACAUAAGAGUAUCACAGUAUAAAUAUAAUGGUUUAGCAACUGUUUUAGUUUUUCUUUUCCUGUGCCAGAUACAGACUACAGUUAACCCUUUUUCUAUUCAUCAGCCUGUUUUCCCUGACAGUAACUCCCAGAUGCUUUUCUUAGUGAUUAUAAAGCAAGAAAGUCUCAUCUGGGCCUAUGUUGCAAAGGUGGGUGGUCUGUCAUUACUUUCUGGCAAAUAGAGUUGAUGGAUUUUAGAUAAGUCUAUGGGGUUCCUGUCAUAGGUUCCUGGGCUCUAAGGAAGGGUUGCGCCUUUUUUACUCUCAGUGUUUGAGUAUUUUUCAAAUGUUUGUAAGUUCUCUUGCACUCCUCUAAUAAAAAUGAAAGCUAUCUGUCAAGGAAUGGCUUUGGAUGGUUCAGAGAUCUAGGGGAAAAGAAGUAAGUACACCUGAGACCUUCAGUUGGUCUUUUAUUUAUUUAGAAUAAAAAGUAGUUUGAUAAGCUACCAGAGUUAGUGCUGCUUUAAAAACACUCUCUGAAAAGAUGGCAACCGUCCCUCAGGAAAGCUAUAAAAGCUAUUCCCAAUACAUAGCAAUUGCUUUUGAUUUUUAAUCCUUUGGAGCAAAUGUCUGAUGUUAUGUCUGAUGUUAUAUUUUUAGAGCUGUGGGGGAGAAAUGUCUAAACAAUUUUAAGGGGGUAUUAUUUAAUGAUUAUCUGACUGAAUCAUAUGUGAGCUAGGUUCUAGGGCAGCUGUCCGGUUCUUUUUCUGUUGUCCUGACAGUAACACAGAUAGUAAGCGAUGUCUUGAAAGUGAUUUUCUUAUUUCAUACUGACAUCUAAAGACAUUAGCCUUCUGUUUGGUAACCCUGGGGAUACUCCUCUGCACCGUGACUUAUUAAUGUUUUUUUUUUGGUGAGGCUAAACCUGGAUUACUCUCUGUAUUUAUACUUUCACUAUUCAUAUACCAGCUGCUAAAAGAAAAACCAUAACUUAUAAUCUUGUCUUGAAAUUACUCCUAAUUAUGAAGUUCACUAAAUUCUUCAUGUUUAGGGAAGAUUGCUGCUAGUAAUGUCAGUUUGCAGUGUUCUGCUUUAGAUAUGUGUCUUAUGGGAGUCUGGAAACUAAUAAAUAUGAUUGUAUUAAUGUA